AUGAGCAGCAGGCCAGUACGGCUUGUAUCUCCUAGCCGUCAUCGAGGUCGCAGCGAUAGUAUUGCAUCGUCUUCUCCAGAGCCCGAAGUCCAGCCGCACCGUUUGCCACAGCAAUCGUUACUUCCCAAUAGUGCCAGCCUGCCCAAACCUAAUCUCAUAGGGACACCACGAGGCCGUGCGCCGCCCACUGGACCGCGAAACCUCAGGCGCUUCGAGAAUGCUUCCCCUCAUGGCGACCUGAUGGGGCCACAGAAUUUGCCGUCUUCAUCCGCUGCCAUCAUCAACGCCCCCGCUGAUACCUCUGCUUCAAUGCCUCUCCCCGUGAAGGAAGAGAGCAAGGAGCCUAUUUUAACAGCGACACGGAUCACGUUAAAGUUGAAUCCGCAUAACGAGAUGUUCAAUUCUGCGGCAUUGUCUGCAGGAGAACCCGUUUCUUGCUUCGUUCCUCCGGUGCCUGCCUUUGUACCUCCACCUAAAACAUGGUCUACGCCCGUUGAUCCUUCAGCUGGUGUAUCAUCUCAAAUCACUCAACCUGCGCCAUUUCCCGUGGCUCCUGCUCACACUCCGCCUCCUGCACCUUCUGCUGAGAGUGUGUUUGGCGUGACUCAUGCUAAAGUCGGUCCAUCUGCAUCCUCAAUACCUGAGAUUCCAAAGACCGGUUGGAUUGCUGUAACAACCCCGGCAGACCUACCUAAAUCUGACCCCCAGCCCGAUGUCCCGAUGUUGUCUCCAGAAGAAAAACGUGAAGUGUGGAAUGAACGAAUCAACCUUCUUGCAGGCGCAACAGCUGCCCGAGCGGAAUACCAGAAACUCGACCGCGAAGUCGCCGAUCUCAUUCGCCUUGAGACCUCCACCACGUCUGGAGUCUUUUCAGAGCAGGCGCAUGCAGACCUGCACGCCAGACUCUUGAUGGUGCAGAUACAGCGCGACAACAAAAGGGAAGAGCUCAAGAACGGCCUCUUGCAGCUCGCAGAGUCCGACUAUUGGCCCUUCAAGGAGCAGCAGAGGACGCAACCUGUGCCCCCAUCUGUGCAGCCUCAUGUGGCCACACAAGUCCGCGAGAUUAGGGAUUCGCUUGUCGAUAUGAGAGGACUUCUGGAGAAGCUUCAGCUGCAGUCGGACGCACGGCAAUUAGACAACGACCGGACACUCCUAGCAUCUGGUUCACAGAGCAAGCAGCAUGGGCUAUCAAUUGACGAUGCGUCGGAUAGAAUGUCAAUAUGCGAGAGCGCGGACGGCAAGGGAGUACCUGACAUUGCGGAGCUCGAGGAUCAAGUCGCACGCUUUGAGGAGCAAUUCCAGCAGUUGAGCAAUGACAUGCAUGCGCAUGAUGAUGACUUGAGAGCUGAAUUCCAGGGGCUUCUUGAUGAUAAAGUAAAAGAAGAGCUAUCCGAGCUCAGAGGGAAGCUUGCCAGCGCCGACGAGGAGAUAUCCAAUUUAAGGAAGGAAAUGUUGGACCUCGCCGAUAUGAACGGAGCUCUCAGGGCUGAAAAUGCGGCCUUGACCGAUCAAAAUCACGAAUUGAAACAUUAUCUUGUGCAUAUUGGCAAGAAGCAGCAGGAUGAGAUCGACGAGAUGGCGGCGGAGGCGCGUCAGUUGAGAGAAGCCAUGAAUGCGCGUAUCCCGCCACCUGGGCCUACCGUCGAGCAGAUAAUCUCCACCGUGCAGCCCAUCCUCAUGCAUUCCGUUCAGCAAGAGAUUCGCCCGCUCUUGGAUCGUCUAGGCAAAGAGGUUGAGGAGAUGAUCCUCGCUCAUCAGAAGGAAGUACAUUCCACGAUCGGACCCAGGCUGAAAGAUUCCUCGCAGAUGGUGGAUAUGAUACGAGCAUGGGCAGAGAGGAUCGGAUGUCCAGAUGGGUAUCAGGCUCCAGCCCGUGGAGUGCAUUGA